CGCGGAGAGCCUGGGCGGCCUUUCCAGAUGGCGGCGGUGUCUGGGCGGUGAGGGUCUUCCUGCUGUGGUGUCGGGCUGCGGGCAGCUCGGGCAGGCCGCGGGCGCCGCAGGUGGAAGAAGAAAGGUGCCACUUUGGCACGAAGACAGAUUUACUUAGUCGUCGGUCUUUUAAGCUGAGUGCAUUGUGAUUUCCAAUAAUUGAGGCAGUGGUUCUAAAAGCUGUCUACAUUAAUGAAAAGAGCAAUGUGGCCAGCUUGACUAAGCCGCCAGUGUGCGAAGCGCGGGCAGGACGGCACCAGGUCUCGACGGACUUGUGCAUGUUAGCUGUCUAGAUUUAUGUAAGGUGGUUUAAAACUCUGGUCUUUUAAAAUAGUCUUAAUAUGGAGACAUAUGAGAGUCCCUCUCCUCUCCCGCGUGAGACCGCAGGAGAAGCAAUGAUGGAGAACCGAGCUUGCCCCUUCCAAGCGCUACCCCGUGAACAGUCUCCACCACCUCCCCUGCAAACGUCCAGUGAUGCAGAGGUAAUGGACGUUGGCUCUGGUGGUGAUGGACAGUCCGAACUCCCGGCCGAGGACCCGUUCAACUUCUACGGAGCUUCUCUUCUCUCCAAAGGAUCCUUCUCUAAGGGCCGCCUCCUCAUAGACCCGAACUGUAGUGGCCACAGCCCGCGCACCGCCCGGCACGCACCUGCGGUCCGGAAGUUCUCCCCUGACCUUAAGUUGCUUAAGGAUGUAAAGAUUAGUGUGAGUUUUACUGAGAGCUGCAGGAGUAAGGACAGGAAGGUGCUGUACACAGGAAUGGAGCGUGGCACUCGGGCCGAAUGUGGCUUGCUCCUUAGUCCUGUCAGUGGGGACGUGCAUGCUUGUCCCUUUGGCGGGAGUGUUGGUAAUGGGGUAGCUAUAGGGGGUGAGAGUACGGAUAAGAAGGAUGAGGAGAAUGAGCUGGAUCAGGAAAAGAGAGUGGAGUAUGCAGUGCUCGAUGAGUUAGAAGAUUUUACUGACAAUUUGGAGCUAGAUGAAGAAGGAGCAGGCGGGUUCACGGCUAAAGCAAUCAUUCAAAGAGACAGAGUGGAUGAAGAGGCCUUGAAUUUCUCCUAUGAGGAUGACUUCGACAACGAUGUGGAUGCUCUGCUGGAAGAAGGUCUUUGUGCUCCAAAGAAGAGGCGGUUGGAGGAAAAAUACGGAGGAGACAGUGACCAUCCAUCUGAUGGAGAGACGAGUGUGCAACCCAUGAUGACCAAGAUUAAAACAGUGCUCAAAAGUCGAGGCCGCCCACCUACAGAGCCGCUGCCCGAUGGGUGGAUCAUGACCUUCCAUAACUCUGGAGUUCCUGUGUACCUGCACAGAGAGUCUCGGGUGGUCACUUGGUCCAGGCCCUACUUCUUAGGAACAGGAAGCAUACGGAAACAUGAUCCCCCUCUGAGUAGCAUCCCUUGUCUGCAUUAUAAGAAAAUGAAGGACAAUGAGGAACGAGAGCAAAGCAGUGAGGUCACUCCCAGUGGGGAGGUGUCUCCCGUCAAGCCCUUGGGCCAAUCUGCAGAGCUGGAGUUUCCUUUGGAAGAACCAGACUCCAUGGGUGUGGACUCAGGGCCCCCAGAUGAGAAGGACCCACUGGGGGCCGAGGCAGCCCCUGGGGCCCUGGGACAGGUGAAGGCCAAAGUCGAAGUGUGCAAAGAUGAGUCAGUUGAUCUGGAAGAAUUUCGAAACUACUUGGAAAAGCGUUUUGACUUUGAGCAAGUAACUGUGAAAAAAUUCAGGACUUGGGCUGAGCGGCGGCAGUUCAACCGUGAGAUGAAGCGGAAGCAGGCUGAAUCUGAGCGGCCCAUCCUGCCGGCCAACCAGAAGCUCAUCACUUUAUCUGUGCAAGAUGCACCCACAAAGAAAGAGUUUGUCAUUAAUCCCAAUGGGAAAUCUGAGGUCUGCAUCCUGCACGAGUACAUGCAGCGUGUCCUCAAGGUCCGCCCCGUUUAUAAUUUCUUUGAAUGUGAGAAUCCAAGUGAACCUUUUGGUGCCUCGGUGACCAUUGAUGGUGUGACUUAUGGAUCUGGAACAGCAAGCAGCAAAAAACUUGCGAAGAAUAAAGCUGCCCGAGCCACAUUGGAAAUCCUCAUCCCUGACUUUGUUAAACAGACCUCUGAGGAGAAGCCCAAAGACAGUGAAGAACUGGAGUAUUUUAACCAUAUCAGUAUCGAAGACUCGAGGGUCUACGAGCUGACCAGCAAGGCCGGGCUGUUGUCUCCAUAUCAGAUCCUCCACGAGUGCCUUAAAAGAAACCAUGGAAUGGGUGACACAUCCAUCAAGUUUGAAGUGGUUCCUGGAAAAAACCAGAAGAGUGAAUAUGUCAUGGCAUGCGGCAAGCACACAGUGCGCGGGUGGUGUAAGAAUAAGAGAGUUGGGAAACAGUUAGCCUCUCAGAAAAUCCUUCAGCUGCUGCACCCACAUGUCAAGAACUGGGGAUCUUUACUGCGCAUGUAUGGCCGUGAGAGCAGCAAAAUGGUCAAACAGGAAACCUCAGACAAGAGUGUGAUUGAGCUGCAGCAGUAUGCCAAGAAGAAUAGGCCCAACCUUCACAUCCUAAGCAAGCUGCAGGAGGAGAUGAAGAGGCUGGCUGCAGAACGGGAGGAGACUCGGAAAAAACCCAAAAUGUCAAUUGUGGCAUCUGCCCAGCCUGGUGGUGAGCCCCUGUGCACUGUGGAUGUGUGAGCGUUGGGCCUCCAACCUAAGUUCCUUCCCUGCGGCAGUGUGUCUGGACCCAGGCUCUGGUACACAGGGAUAGCUGUGGCUACACAGCACACGCAUCAAGCAGCAGUUCUCCCUGGAAGCUACUCCAGGCCAGGUCUGACUGGAUGUAUUUAAGGAUCAACUUCGAAUGACUGCACAAGUGGAAGCUUAUAGACAGCUGUAGACCCUGCUCAUAUGUAUCUGCUGCAGACUGUUUUUAAUGAAGGUUUUCAUGAAUUUUAGUAUAUAAUAUGCACUGACAAGAAAUGAUAUAUCAAUGACAGAUAAGAUGGCCAUGUCCUGCGAUGUGGCUGGCCUGUGAUGCCAGGUGGCUUCUGUGCCCAGGGCUCCUCCCUUGGAGACACUGCAGGGACCUGGUCAGAAGGUGCACAUGGCACCCUUGUCCCUUACCACCUGCCUCCUUGUUUUCCCUGAAAAAGUUUAGGAGUAUUUCAGACCGUUUGGUUUAAAAUAAACAGUUUUAGUACCAAAACUACUUUUCAGAGAUUGCAGGCAAAACAUCAAGGUGUCUAUCCUCCAGCCGUGAGCCACUUUGCCAGUGAGGACGACGUUGGCCAGUCUUCCCACAUGUCAAGCUGGCCUGCUGCUGGGCUGCAGUCUACUUUUUCUGAUCAAGUCUUAAUGCCCUAACAGCCGCCUCCCUGGACACUGAGGCCCCUGCCUUUGCUGACCUCUGGCAACAAUUUUUUACAGAUUUUUGCACAAUUGAAAGUCCAUCUGUCCACUCAUCAAUUUUUAAAGCUUUUAUGAUAUUUUAGAAUUUGGAAAGAAACUUUUAUGGUGAGAUUGCAAGGUAGAUUUGGAAUCAUGCAUUUUAGAAGUGAACUUUAAGGGCCUUCAGUGCAGUCCAUUGUUGAUCAAGAGCUGGCAGUUGCCCUGCCUGCUGGCAAUAGCAGCAUCCCUGGAUUUCAAGGGUAGCUGUCCUUUAUAGCUACACUGGGUGGCCCUUGGCUGUGUGUGAGUAAAGGUGUGUUGAGGGCCCUGGUGGUGAUGUUAGCCCAUCCCUGGCACCUGAUCAGGGGCCUGUGUGCUCAUGGGGCACUAUCAGAUGCAGAAGCCAGCACUGGGCUAUAUCCUCUUGUUCCCUGGCGUUGUAUCUCCCACUGUACCCUGCAGAUAAGUUGAUGGCAUAUGUUGCCAGGAAGACAGAAUGCUGAUUAUGGGCCACCCACUUUUGUGACUGAGGUUGGCUUGUGUUGACCUUGAAAAAAGAAAACCCCCAAAUCAAGUUGCUGUAAUUAUACUUGCUUCUGUCUUGCCUUCUGUCUGCAGCUGUGAAUAGUCAUCUGACUGUGACUGUUGCCCCUACACAGCCAGACUCGCCAUUGAGAACCAAAGCUUUGUGCACAUGUGUUACCCUAGAGGCUGGUGAGCCUCUCUGGUCCCAGGCACUGCCACGGUAGGUGCUGCCAUGCACUUGUGGUCUAUGAUAUCCUCCCUGUCUGCCCCAUGUGACUAGAGCCCUGUGUACACAGCCAUGCUGUGGGGCUGGGUAGCCUGUGCUAAUGCCGCUUCUGUGUGCUGGGCUAUAGCUCUAGGGUGAGCCUGGAUGGUCUGAACGCAUAAAGCAAAUUGUCCAAAACAAAUGGCUUGU